AUCGUUGCUCUCAUCGAUAAGGAUUUAUCGGAGCCGUACUCCAUCUUUACCUACCGAUACUUCAUCUAUAACUGGCCUCAACACACCCACAUGGCGAUGCACAACGGGAAAUGCUGCGGUGUGGUCGUCUGCAAGCUCGAGCAGCAUCGGGACUACUUCAGGGGAUACAUCGCCAUGCUGGCGGUAGACUCGGAUCUGAGAGGGAAAGGGAUCGGAACGUGCCUGGUGGGGAAGGCGAUACGCUCGAUGAGAGCGGAGGGAUGCGAGGAGGUCGUUCUGGAGACCGAGUGCAGCAACACUGGUGCUCUUCGACUUUACGAGAACCUGGGAUUUUUUCGCGAUAAGCGCCUUUUGCGAUAUUACUUGAACGGAGGAGAUGCUUUCCGCCUCAAGUGA